UUUAUUUUGUUGUUUGUUUAUAUUGUGUAUUUUUAUCAUGCCUUCGACGGUAGUCCCAGAAUUCCUUUUAAAGGAUGAGUUGACAUUUGAGUGUCAGUUGCGUGGUAUUCAGCACCAAGAAACCACAGCAGCUGUUGUUUUGCGUAAGAAACUUCGCACAGCGAUUAAUAAUGAUGUACCUAUUGUUCAAGACAAUUUGAAAAGUAUUGACUCCAAUCAUGAAUUCAAUGUGUGCUCGAGUAAAAUUUGAGUUUUACAGGAGAUAGUCACUAAUUUGACUGAUGAUGAAAACUUUGCCCUUACCUUGCCCAGAGUCAGAAAUCGUUUGUCUCAUUUGAACAGACGUAUUCAAUUGCUUUUAGAGGUUCAUGUCUCUGUGUUGUCCGAGGUCCAAGUUGCCUCCUUGCAAAAUGUUGUAAUUGAGGUUAAGAGACUAUUAGAAAUUGUAAACAAGUCAGAAACAGAAUUUUCACUCUUGCGAGAUCUUACCCCUUCAGCCACUAUGGCACAAGUUUGUGACCAAAUCGCGGGUUUAGCAUUGCCCACUUCCAAUAAUGAAAACCUUCCUUACAAACCCAUUCCAGGGCCUUCCAUGUUGAAUUUGGAUCCUGUUCCAAGUACCACCAAUCAUGUUGUGGAUUUCACGAACCUAACCAACACUACAUCAUUACCACCCACGAGCUCUAAUUCUCGUGUAGUAUUUUGUACCGCACCUGGAACGUCACAGCCGGUAACAGCACCAAGUAGCUUUUCUCUUCCUAGUGUUUUUGGCAAGAUUACACACCCUCUUGAAAAUAUGUUGAAGGAGCUAACAGUCACGGUCUUAAUGUUCCACCCGUGUUAAAUUUUCUAAAAAACAUUGUCAGGUUGCGACAGUCAUUGUGUGCAAGAAACACAACUUUUGGAGGUAAUUUACCCUUUUACGUUGGGUCCCUUGGCCGAACGAACUCGAGCGGCUAUUUCUCAAAAUCUUUCAUUUGAUAGUUACCAUGAUGACAUUCUUACAUUUUUCAUUCCAUCACGAUUACUCACACAGCUUCAACAAACACAUUUCAGUCGUCUACAGAAGCCUGGUGAAACCCUUUCUGUUUAUGUUAAUUAUGUUAAGGAAGCCGCUGCUAUUUUUCGUCUUAAAGUCACUGAACAAUAAAUUGUAAACAAUAUCCUUGAUGGACUUUCCCCUGAAGAAAGAUCACGUUUAGUCUUUUUAAAUAAGCCAUGUUCUUUCGCUGAACUUGACAGAAUGUGCAUUAACUCAUAGAACAUAAGAUUUGCUGACAGAAACAGAGAUAUGCAAUCUCCCCAUUUUUCAGGUUACAAACCAUCUAGACAUUUCACAAGUACCUGCAACACCACACAACCUAACCGAUACUACCCUAACAGUAAUGUGAAUUUACAUAACAGAGUUCAGUUGCCAGUAAACUCAAGAGGUUCACCUCAGAACUUGUUUUGCACAAAUUGUAAAAAAAAUAAUCAUGUUGUUAGUAACUGUAGAUUUUUGCAACAAAAAAACGCCUGGAGCAGGGAUUCAAGGUGAGCGGUUCACCCUGCAAAUUUGGCCAACCAAAAAAUUCUCAGUAUAAUGCUCACAUUUUUCAGCAGAUGAAAGUAGCACGUUGUUUUCAAAAGUAUUUUGGUACACCAAUUAAAAAGAGAAAAGUUCCAGAUCAGGUUAAUCAUUCUAGUUCACCUAAUUUAGUAGGAUCCAAUGUCGUUCCAGUUACACGUGUCAGUGUUUCUUAUGGUACGUUUGUAGAACAAGCUCUUGUGGAUUCAGGUUCCACACGGUCUAUUAUCUCUUAUCAAUUGUUAAAUAAACUUAAAGAAGCUAAUCUUGUUAAAUCUAUUGACAAUGGUCAAUUUAGGUGUUACACUGCAUCUAAUGAAAUUUUGCCUAUCGUUUGUUGUGCCGUCAUAAAGUUGAAAAUAGCACAUUUCACGUGGAUGUUCCCUUGUUUAGUUUCAAAAAAUGUUGGUUUAGACUUUAUCCUCGGCGCUGACUUCAUGACAAAAUCCGGUCUUAUUCUUGGUAUGCAGGAGAAACAUAUUUUUUUCAAAUUUCAACCUAACCUCAAAGUUCCUUUUGCAGGUGUAUCCCAGUUGGAUAAUAGCCUUGCCGAAAUUAGUGUUGAACAAAGUUCUUAUGAAAAUUCUGAUUCUUUGAGUCAUCUACCUGAACAUCAACGUAAUGCUAUCAAAAUUUUGUGUGAAAAAUUUCAUAAAGUUCUCACCUCUGAUUUAGGACUUACAAAUCUUCUCGAGUAUGAAAUUAAACUCCAUGACAAUGGAUACGUUAAAAGUCAUCCUUAUCGUUUUGCACCACCCAGAUAAAUCUUCUAUGAAAAGAGGUACAACAAUUAUUAGAUAAAGGAGUAAUUGAACAAUCCACAUCUCAGUAUGCAAGUCCUGCAUUUUUAGUACCAAAACCCAAUGGUAAACAACGCAUGGUAGUUGAUUUCCGCCGUGUGAAUCAAAAAAUCGAAAUUGAAUCUGUUCCAUUACCAGAUUUGCAUUCAGCCUUUCACUGGUUUCCAAGGCCAAAUUCUUCACUACUAUAGACUUAAACUCAGCUUAUCACCAAAUACCUCUAAAACAUGAAUCUAAACCCAUUACAAGUUUCUGUGUACCAUGGAACCUAUAUCAGUUCACUCGUGUGCCCUUUGGUCUUGCAACAGGCGCACAAGUUCUCACGCGUUUACUCGACCAAAUUUUCCAUGAUGUCAAAUUCAAGUUUGUAUACAAUUAUCUAGAUGAUCUCAUCUACUCUGAGAAUUUUGAUGACCAUCUCCAGCACAUAAAGGAAGUUCUGUCUCGACUUGAAAAAGCUGGUCUGACCGUUAAUCCACAGAAAGUUAAGUUUGCAGUACAGGAAAUCUCAUUUCUAGGACAUAAAAUUUCUUCACGUGGAAUAUCCAUUGAUCCAGAACGAACAAAAGCUAUUAGAGAGUUUCCUCCUCCACGAGAUGUAAAAGGUGUUGCACGAUUUAUUGAUAUGAUACAAUUUUUUGGCAAAUUCAUUCCUAACCUAGCGGAAAAAGCUAUUCCACUUAAUAAGCUACGUAAGAAAAACACUAAGUUUGAAUGGGGUGAUGACCAACAAAAGGCUUUUGAAUCAUUAAAACAAGACAUAGUAAGUCCCCCAGUUCUUCGUAUGGCGGAUUUUUCUAAAACUUUCAUUUUGCAAACAGAUGCAUCUGGUUCAGCCAUAGGAGCCGUUUUGGCGCAGGAAUUAGAUGGUGUUAGACAACCCAUAGCGUUCGCAUCUAGAACCCUGACUCAGCAGGAACAGAAAUCAUUGAUUUAUGAAUUAAAAUGUUUGGCAGUAGUUUUCGGUAUUGACAAGUUUAGGCCCUAUCUAGAACAUGCUGAAUUUCUAUUAGAAACGGAUAAUCAGGCAUUAUCAUCGCUUCUUGCACAUCCCCGCCAGUUAGGAAAAAUUGGUCGUUGGGUAAUGAGGAUUUCUUCACUAAAAUUUAAGGUUCAACAUAUCCGAGGAUCUCAAAAUGUUGUUGCAGAUGCUCUUUCACGUAUGUUUGAUAAGACACAACAUAAUCCCUCAUUAGAGGAAAACAAAUGUAAAGUUCUUCUAACAGAUUUUCCUUUAAUAUUCAAAAACAUUCAAUUGCAUCAAGAAGAAGAUCAAGAAUUACGGAAGAUUGUUCAGAAUUUAAAAUCUGGUAUACCCCAAAAACCUUAUCUUUUAUCUAAUGGUAUCUUAUAUUCCAGAAUUCGAAAUCAUCAGAAACGUAUUGUGUUACCUCAAGUCUUGAAACCUGUUGUUUUCCAGUAUUUUCAUUCAUCACCCAUUGGUGCACAUUUGGGUACCUAUAAAACAAUUGAGGCUAUCAGAAGAAAAUUUGUUUGGAAAGGCAUGUAUGGUGAAAUUGCAGAGAAAGUUAAGCAAAGUCAACUUUGUGCCCUCAGUAAGCCAGCUCAAAAUACACAUUUAGGUUAGUUGUCUUCAGAAGUUUUGGAUAAACCAAUGUAUAGUCCAUCCACGGUAACCUCCUACUUUUUUAAACGAACCUUUGAAAAAACACACCAGGAUGCAGCAUGUUUGGUUCGUUUGCAAAAAUACUUUCCAUCAUAUGCAUAUUAAACAUGCAUUAACACUAAAUUACCGUAUAAUGAUGUUAAAUAAAAUUUUACAAAAAAAGUAACUAUCUAUGUACAAUAUUAUUAAUAUUAAUGAUCUCGCAUGUGUGUAAAUGAAACAGUGAGAGAAGUGGUGUGUUGGCAAUGAUUAGAACGAAAUAGUUCCAUAGCCAAAAUAUAUAUUUUUUGACUUUCCGCGUGUAUUUAAGAAUUUGUUUGGGUAUUUGUUAAGUUUGAACAUUUUUUUAAAUCUCUGGUGAAAUAAAAACAUUAUGUUAACGGUAAAAAAAUAUUACGUGCCGAAACCGUGGUCGCGCAUUAAUAAUGUUAAUAGUCACUUGUUUGUUUUCUCUUUCAGCCGUUUGUCUGCAGUCUGCACUCUUUACGCCAUAUUGCAGUGUGUUUUAAUAUAUUACUGACCGUGAAAUAACGUACAGUUUGUGUUUCAGGAUUUUGUGUUAAUAUUGUGUAUUUUAACUUUGUUAUAUUAUUUAUUAUCUACUAUUGUAAUGAUGGAAUUUGUUAUCGUUUUGAUAUUUUGUGUGGUUCUUGUGAUUGCUGUAAUGGUAAUUGGUUCCGGGAUGGGGAAAGCUACUUCUUCGCAGCGUCAGAUGGACAUCAUUAACGUCGCUCAGAACUUAUAUGUUUUAAUUAGGAAAGGCGACUUGAAGAAAUGUGACGUUACGCAGACGACCGCGUUUCUUCUCAACAUCGCAAAGUCAACUGUUCUCAAGUACUACAAGAAAGACAUUGAAGAAGUUUCAACACCAGGAAAAAAGAGGAAAAAAAGGCCACAGGAAGGAAAGUCACUUGAAACAGUCGACGAUUUCACAGUAAAUGCAAUCAGGAAUGCAAUUCACAGGAUGUACGCUGAAGGUUUGAAUGUUACAGUCGACACCAUUUUGAAAGAAAUCAGGGAAAGACAAAUAGAUUAUUAUGGUGGAAGAUCAAGUCUUCAUAAAUUGUUAAAGAAGAUGGGAUUUUCAUGGACAACUGUUGAUGGACGAAAAGCUUUGAUAGAGAAUGAAAACAUAGUAUUGCAGCGAAUAGAUUUCUUGAGAAAGUAUAAAGAAGAAAAAGAAAGAGGUGCCAAUUUCAUAUUUGUUGAUGAAACAUGGAUUUUCCAGAGAGGCAAGGCAUUAAUUUAUUUGAAAAUUUGUUCUGUGGUCCAAUACAAAGUAUUUCAUUUCCAUUUCAUAUAUUUUUCAGGAACUGUAUCAAAGUCAUGGCAGGACAAGAGUCUACAAUCUGCGAAGAGACGUACUGUUGGAGAUGGUAAAAGGUUUAUUGUUGUUAAUGCUGGAGGGCGCACUGGCUUUGUGCCAGGAGCAGGAUUACUUUUUGUUUCAGGUCAGAAGACUGCAGACUACCAUGGCGAGAUGAAUGGGGAAACUUUCUUGAUGUGGUUUGAAGACAUGUUGGUGCAUCUUGAGGAACCCAGUGUCAUCAUAAUGGACAAUGCUUCAUAUCACAGCACCCAGAUGGGCGAGGUGUGUGGAUCACGUGGAGAAGCUAAUUCAAGCAGACUGGGAGAGAGAAGUCCACAUAGACAGCGGCACCAUUCCUCCACUCAUCAUCCACCUCGGCGAGGAUAGUUCAAGUGAAGACAGUGACAGCGAAGAAUUUGAGGUUACGACACAGCAAGUAGAUGGAGACAGUGAAGUACUGGCAGUUCCUCUUGAUGAUUUACCCGGGUGUUCUUAUUGAGGUCUGUAUGUAAUAAACACCUGGGCAACUGUAAGUAUUGGGGUUUGAAACAUUUUUUUUCUUUUAUGCAUUCCCAUUAAGUAUGUUGAUUACUGGAACUUUAUGUAUUAACUUUAUAUUACACAUAUUAUGAAAUUAAUAAUAAAUUUCAUUUCUGGAUUCGUAUAGGUGUAUGUGAAACAUUUUAUUUUGUUGUGUGUCUUCAUUUUUCAGUGAACUUACUUGGAAAACAAAAAGCCAGUCCCCAUCCAGGGCCACAAAUAAAUAAUGCAUAUAAGUGGUAUAGAAAUUACUGUCAAUUCUUUACCACAAUUUUACUGUUCAUAAAAUUAUGAUUUUGUCUAAUAAGUAUACUCAGGAAAAUGUAUAUAACCAUAUUUUUAUUUGUGGCCUUAACCGGCAAAAUGGUAGGGGUUUAUUAAAUAAAAGAAGAAAAUUCAUUUUUAAAUGUUUUCAUCUGAAUUUGUUAAUUUUAUUAAACCUUCAAUCCUUAGUCUUUUCCAGAUUGCUUAGAUGGACAGCCAUAUGUAUAAUUUACAAUACUUUUUUUUUCAGAUGCAGAAAACUGUGUUGAACUGUACUAAAGGAUGAUAUUUAUUGCUUACAUAAAUGUUGUAAAUUUAUAUGUUCUCCUAAAAAUUUA